GCUCGUUGAUUGCGGGUGCCAGAGGGAGAGCCGAAGCGCUGUAGAGUGAAUCUGCGGCUGCUAAUGCUGAACACUUACCUAACGUUUAUAGUUUAUCACAGUCCGUCAAAAUGAGCUCUAUUGGGACCGGGUAUGAUUUAUCCGCCUCCACCUUCUCACCUGAUGGAAGGGUAUUUCAGGUGGAAUAUGCCAUAAAGGCUGUAGAAAACAGCAGCACAGCAAUUGGCAUCCGCUGCAAAGAUGGAGUCGUGUUUGGCGUAGAGAAGUUGGUGCUGUCCAAGUUGUAUGAGCAGGGCUCCAAUAAACGCAUCUUCAAUAUUGAUCGGCACGUUGGAAUGGCUGUGGCUGGUCUUCUAGCAGAUGCACGAUCUCUCUCUGAAGUGGCCAGAGAAGAGGCCUCAAACUUCCGCUCCAAUUAUGGCCAUGACAUCCCACUGAAGCAUCUUGCAGAAAGAGUGGCCAUGUAUGUCCAUGCUUACACAUUAUACAGCGCUGUGAGGCCUUUUGGAUGCAGUUUCAUUCUGGGAUCUCAUGAUGAAGAUGAUGGUCCACAGCUCUACAUGGUUGACCCUUCUGGGAUUUCAUACGGUUACUGGGGCUGUGCUAUUGGAAAAGCCAAGCAAGCUGCCAAGACAGAAAUUGAGAAACUACAGAUGAAAGAAAUGACCUGCAGAGAACUGGUGAAGGAAGUGGCAAAAAUUAUCUAUAUCGUUCAUGAUGAGGUGAAAGACAAAGCCUUUGAGCUGGAGCUUAGCUGGGUUGGAGAAGUCACUAAAGGAAAGCACGAGCUUGUCCCGAAAGACAUCAAAGAGGAGGCGGAGAAAUACGCUAAAGAAUCCCUGGAGGAGGAAGAUGACUCUGAUGAGGACAACAUGUAAACGCAGUGUUGCAAACCUCUCUGUUUUUCCACUUCACUGACUGUGUACCAUGUUUCAAACAUUCUGGCAACUUGACUGCAGACAAUAAAAUGUUUUUUAUGUUUUCUAAUGGA